AUGAAGAGUCUUCCCGGAGCUCCAUUCACAGGCAUUUCAGAGGAUAUUCGAGGACGAGUAUCUUGCUACAAGCAGGAUUGGAUUGCUGGAAUCAGAUCCGGAAUAGGGAUAUUAGCUCCAACUACCUACAUAUUUUUUGCAUCUGCUCUUCCAGUGAUUGCUUUUGGAGAACAAUUGAGCAGAGAAACAGAUGGGAGCCUCAGCACUGUGGAAACUUUAGCUUCUACAGCAAUUUGUGGUAUCAUUCACUCAAUACUCGGGGGACAACCUCUUAUGAUACUAGGAGUUGCAGAACCUACUAUUAUUAUGUACAGUUACUUGUACAAGUUUGCUAAAGAGAGAGAAGAUUUAGGACAGACCCUUUACUUGGCUUGGGCCGGAUGGGUUUGUGUCUGGACAGCUCUCAUGUUGUUUCUUCUAGCAAUAUUCAAUGCCUGUUCUAUCAUAAGUAAAUUUACAAGGGUUGCUGGGGAAACUUUUGGAAUGCUAAUCGUGGUGCUUUUCAUUCAAGAGGCAAUUAAGAGUGCAGUAGCUAAAGAGUUGGAACAUUUGAAAGAGGCAAUAAUGAAAGGUGAAAAUGAAAAUGCAAAUGACGAAAAGUCUGAUGGUAUAUUUGAUCCUGAGAAGCACAUUGAUGCUUACUUGCCCGUUCGAGUAAAUGAACAAAGAGUCAGCAAUCUAUUGCAGUCACUGUUAGUAGCAGCAUCUGUAGGUGCUAUGCCAGUGAUAAAAAAGAUACCAACCUCAGUUCUUUGGGGAUAUUUCGCCUACAUGGCUAUUGACAGCCUUCCAGGAAAUCAGCUGUGGGAAAGAAUGCUGCUUCUAUUCAUAUCCCCUGGCAGGAGAUUUAAGUAA